CUCCCCGGCAGCCAGGUCAACAGACGCCUGACCCAAGGCUGUGAUAUGUCUUCCCCAUGCUGUGGGGACCCCAGCCCCGGAGGUCUGGCCGCUCCACCCCCAGCAUCCACGCCAGGUGCCGGGGCCCCGCAGGAGCCUCCCUUCCCGGACAUCUACGGCGGCGACGCGGGGCUGUGGGAGGCGCACUUCCGCGGCAUCGGGCGCGCCUACCGCGUGCUGGGCAAGGAGGAGGACUUCGCCAUCCGCGUGCUCACCGAGGACUUCACGCUGCCCUUCCCGUUCGCCUGGCCUCCGGGACCUGACCCGGCCCGCGGGCCUCUCUUCUACGACCCGCACGACCGCACCGGCUUCGACUUCCUGCUGCGGGGCCCGGGCGCCGCGCCGCCCGCGCUGCUGCGACCCCUGCACGCCACGGCGCAGGCGGCCCUGCGCAAGCGGCGCCUGGAGCAGAUGGCGCUGAGCUACGCGGGCGCCGGCGGCCGGCGGCCCGGCCUGGUGCUGCUGCCGUCCGGGCCCAGCGCUGCGGCCUUCCCGGGGCCCGCUGGGCCGGAGGCCUGCGUGCCGGGCGCCCCCGGGAUGGGCUAG